GUACAGUAAAAAUAUUGUCUCUCAGUUAUAAUGAUUUGCCUUACUACCUUAAAUGUUGCCUUCUGUACUUUGGGAUGUUUCCACAGCACCAUUCUAUACGGAAUGGAAGGUUAAUUCGAGAAUGGAUAGCUGAGGGUUUUGUUAAAGCAAUUGAAGGUAAGACAUUAGAAGACGUUGCACAUGGAUAUAUGAAUGAGCUAAUAAAUAGAAGUUUGGUUGAAGCACCAGAGCUUGACGUGACUGGAAAAGCUAAAGUGUGUCGUGUCCAUGAUCUUUUGCACGAGAUCAUUCUCAAGAAGACAAAGGAAGUUGGUUUUUGUCGAGUUCUUCCAAGAAGUAAUGAGCCAGCAUUUAGAGGAAUCAAUCGACGCCUAUCAAUCAUGAUCAACAGCUCAAAUGAUGAUUUGCAGGGAAAUAUAUUUCCUUAUGUCCAUUCUGUUAUUGUUUUUCGCAGAGAUGAGACGCUCAACAAUGUUGUGCCCGUAUUUGGGACAAGUUUCAAGUUCUUGAAGGUACUUGAUUUCGAAGACGCGCCAUGUCUCGAUCGCCUCCCUGAUGAUAUUGGAAAUUUAUUUGACUUGAGAUAUCUGAGUGUGCGGGGAACAAAAGUCAGGAUGCUUCCAAGGUCCAUAGAGAAGUUGGAAAACUUGGAGACAUUGGAUCUAAGGAAUUCAUUGGUGUACGAGCUACCAGCUUCUGAAACAAUGAAAAGGCUUGGUAAGUUGAGAAAUAUUUAUGCUUUGAAUAUUGAUCACAAGGUCCAAAGAAAUGGCUUUAGUUAUGGCUCCCGAGGAAUAAAAGUGGUGGGAGGAAUUGGGUUCUUGAAAGCCUUGCAGAAGUUAUUUUAUAUUGAGGUUGACCAGGAAGGAGACAAGGACUUGUUCAAAGAAUUAGGUAACUUGACACAACUGAGGACUUUGGGAAUUUCUAAUGUGGGAAGUGAAGACUGGAGGAAUCUGUGUCGCUGUGUUGAGAAUAUGAAACUGCUUGAAUCUCUGUUUGUAGCCUCAUCAAGUGAAAGUGUGGUUUUUGAUUUAGAAUUGAUGUCAUCACCCCCAAAGUUUCUCCGGAACAUUAACUUAAUUGGGCAUCUGAAGACGAUACCACAGUGGUUCACACAACAUCAAAGCACUCUAGUCAAGUUAAGGCUUGGUUAUUCAAAGUUGGAAGAGGAUCAUCUACAAGUCCUUGAGAAUAUGCACAAUCUUUCGCAUCUCGAGAUCUGUCACGACGCAUAUGUCGGCGAGCGACUUCACUUCAAGAAAGGAGUGUUUCCGAAGCUAAAGAAGCUCCAUCUCCAGGACUUGAGUAGACUGUGCUCGUUGAUAAUAGAGGAAUCCGCAUUGGUCAUGAUUGAACAACUUUUUCUUGGGCCUUUUCCCCAAAUGAAAGAGGUGCCAUCCGGAUUAGAACAUCUGAAGAAGCUUAAAACCCUUGUUUUUCACUUAAUGCCACCGCUAUUCAUGAUUUCAAGUGAUUUUGUAUGCGUUAAUCAUGUGCAGCAAGUCAGAUUUGCUUGCAGAAAUAAUGGACAAAUAGAGGUGAUCUCUCUGCCAAAUCUCCUCAAAUACAAACAAGAUUGGAUUCGAGAGAAGGGGGAAGUCCAACAAGGAGAUAGCACUUCCGCCAAUACUAAAGACCAACAUCAGGAUCAGUAAUAAUUUAUUAUCUCUAAAGUACUUGGAUCUGAUCUUCUAUCUCGAACCAUUGUUUGCUCCUCGUUUGUAAUGAAUUACAAU